ACUUUGGUUUUACGAGUCAUUGUGAGAAAAACGAACUUUUUCUCUUCUUCAAGCCUCACAUCUUUGCAAAAAUCCAAAGACUAUAUAUAUUGGCUGGUUUGUCACUAUCGGCGAUCGAGUGGUCUCAUUCGAUCUACAAAGCUCAUAUUGGGACUCCUGUGUUUAUUUUUCGGAGUAGGGAGGGGAAGGAAAUAAAAAAUACUUUGGAAUAAAUCUAAAAUAUCCCUGUAAUUUCUCUAAUUUAUUACAAAGCAGAUGCACUAAUUUUUCGGACAUAAGGGCACAAUAAAUAUCAUUUAGAUGCUUAAUUUUCCAGAAAGCGCUUAACUUUUGGACUAUCGAUUCUCUACGCUACCUCCCCUCCCUCAAUAUAAAAYUGCGCAUGUCAAGUAGUGAGCUGUCUAUUGAUAUGGCGGGAACAUUCAACAACAAAGUUGUUAUGUAACAUUUGAUACGAGUGCUGAUUCUUUGGGACAGYUUAGCGUUCUUUCAGGGUUUUCUCGCCAUGCCUAAGCGUAAAGCUGAUCAAUMUCCUGACCAACAGUUGGAGAAAAGAUUAAAGCAAGAACCGACAGUUAAUGCGAAAGGGUUGUCKUCUUAUGAACAGACUAUUCAGGAAAAUAUCCGCAGGAAUAAUGAACUAUUGGUAGAGCUCAAUAUCUUACAGAUUCGCAAUGAUCUUCAGAAACCAAAAGUUCCCCAAUUAACUAAAGUCAAGACUGUWAAAAUGAAAAAAAUGCCCAAAGAAGAAAUCCCAAGAAGACAAUCUCUGAGAAUAAGAAAACUAGAACCAGAUGGAGUGACAGCUGUACCUGAUUUACYAGCACUAACUUCACCUGUAUGGAAUAAGCCCAGGCAGAGGGGCCAAUGCCCUAUGAUUCUYGUAAGUGAAGGAAUUGAAGAAGAUUCAAAAGCACUACUGACUAGUUUAGACAACCUCACAGCCAAGAGAACUAAAUCACUUUCAAUGUCCAAACUGAGUGAAAAUGCAGACUGUUCAAGGUACAAGAAGCUAAUGGCUCAGAUGAAGAUUGAAACACAUCAUGUUACUAAAGCUGUUCCUGAUAGARUAUUUUCACUAGAAUUUCAYAGCAUGGAAACAAAGACACUUGUCUUUGCCGGGGAUAAAAGAGGAAAACUUGGUUUAUGGGACAUUGGUUCAGAGGUGGAAAGCAAUGUGUUUGUAUAUGAACCUCAUACAAGUCCCAUAGUUUCUAUGGCAAUGGAACCUAAYGACAGAAAUAAGCUGUUUACCUGUAGCUAUGAUGGUCUAAUAAAAAGUGCUGACUUCGGUAAAACUGUAUUUGAUGAGGUUUUCGCCAUUGAUGAACAUGAAACAUAUUUUACUUACAUGGCAUUUGGUACAACGAGCUCUAACACUUUACUAGCAUCCACUGGGGAUGGACAAGUAUAUGUUGUAGAUUAUAGAACUCGCAAAAGUAACUGUUCUUCGUAUCAAGUCCAUGACAGAUCGAUAAAAUGCUUGGAUGUUCAUCCUCAAAACCCAAACAUUUUUGUAACAUCUACAACAAAAGGAGUCAUAGCAUUAUGGGAUGCGAGGAAAGUCAAAGGUACCAGGUCCUUCUUAAACACUGUUUCUCAUGAUCGUUCAGUAUCGUCUGUAUUCUUCUCACCAAACACUGGCAAACAACUUCUCUCCACCAGCUUGGAYAACUUUGUUUCUUCUCGGCUACUUGGACGAAAUAAGACCAUUUUCAUGCAAGUAGUACUUCAAUUGGUGCUUCACUAUAAUUGUAGACAUGAUAACAACACAGGACGAUGGCUUUCUGCCUUCCAUGCUCGAUGGGAUCCUAAAACCAGCUCAUGUUUUGGUGUUGGAAGCAUGAAAUAUCCGCGACAGAUUGAUAUAUAUUCUUCUGAGUAUAAAGCCGGUGAGUUAACCUAUCUACAACAUGAGAAUUUUAACACCAUUACAUCAAGAAUCGCUUUUCACCCUACAAGAAACUUGAUUGCUGGAGCGAAUUCUAGUGGAAAGGUUUUGCUGUGGACCCCGUAGAGUUCGCUGACAUGGAAACGUAAUUUUGGAAGAUUGGACAGUAUUUUAACAAUUGAAUGACAAAUUUUAAAAAGUGACUUCAGUGCGAGUCUGAUUGUGAGUCUGUGCGCUCAACGUUUAAAAUCAUACCAGAACAUGCGGGAAUAGCCUCGAAUCUAUACGUAAAUUGAAUGUUUAUUCUAUUUUUCUAUCCCAUGAGCGCGGCUAUUCCAGCCUGUACUUGAAUUUUAAGAAUUGUCAAUAGUUCAUCCGUUUUGCUGUUUACAGCUCGUUCAGAAAACGUUGAAUAUUAUUUAAGUACUUUAUAGUGYAUUYCGCAAUGCAUUGUUGUUUGAUUUAAUUGCAGUUUUUGUUUGUUUKKUUKUKUKUUGKUUUKUUUUUCGCUUACAAAAUGACAAUUCUAAACUACAUUGGUUCUUUUGAAGUUUUUGACUGUACGGAGCUGGUGUAGUCACUCUGAUUCGAAACCAAAACCUCGAUUUGAACUCGAUAGAACAACUAACAAUGCAUUUCCAGUGCCGUAGCCGUAACUUUCGCUGGAAAAAAUCGCGCACUUUAAAUUUUGAUGUAAAUAUGAUGUAAGUGUCCAAAAUUCUGUAAAUUUGAUGUAAAUUAUUUCCAUUAAAUUUACAGAAUUUUGGACACUUACAUCAUAUUUACAUCAAAUUUACAACCUUUAAAGCGCGCGAUUUUUUCCAGUGUUUUUCUGAAAUAGACUAGCUGUACGUAGAUGGUUGUUCGAAUUACACGUGGAGACUUGCCGUAAAAUUGCAUGUUCAUCAAUUUAUCUAAAGAAAGUAAUAUAUAUUAUAAAACUUGUAACGGCUUGCUACAUAAUAUAUCGCUUUCUUUAUCUUUUAUGUUCGUUGUUGCUGUUCAAAUGAUAUAAAAGUAAAAAAUAAAAUGUUUUGUCAAUAAACUGAAUAUUUCAUGAA